AUGAAGCUGCCAACCACAAGUAUCGUGUGGACUUGCCUAGCUGCCAUCUCCAGUGCCACCGCGACAAUACCAACUCCGCACGUUCGUGUACCCUCAUGCAAUCACGGACAAGCAGCACAUCUAUCAUACUCAAAAGCCCUUCCUGACCUCUCCCCAUUUCCAUUGACCCACGUCGACCUCUGUUACAGCGACAAGUUCGUCGAGUUCAAGCUCACUGCAUACAACGAGACAAACUUCUUCUAUAAUGCGUCGCAAGGAACCAAUGACUGGAUCUUCGAGUACGAAGUAAUGGAGAUCUUUAUGGCCAGGGAGACGGAAGUUCCAAUCACAUACUUUGAGUUUGAGAUCAAUCCGAAUAACAUCACCUUCCAAACCUUUGUGUUCAAUCCGUCUGGACGCCGCGCACCUGGAACGCCAUUCGACCAUUUUCCGGUUCCGGACCCAUUCACGGAUGGGAUCUCAGGAAAGACCGUGCUAGAUCGAACUGGUCAUGUUUGGACAAGUUACGCCAAGAUUCCGCUGGGAUUUUUUAACGUGAUUGACGGCAAGGCACGGGGAACUAAGUGGCGCAUGAACUUUUUCCGUACAGUUACGAAUAGUACCAUGUUCCCUAAGCAGUUAAUGGGUGCGUGGAAUCCUCCUGAUGUGGCGGACUUUCAUGUCACGCCGUAUUUCGGCCGAUUUACAUUCGUCUAA